UAAACAUAUCUCCUUCCAUAAAAACCACCUCAACCUAUCCACUUAGCUGUUGUUAUUAGCUUCGGCUCCGAGCCACACUACAUUACCGUUACACCGAACCGGAAUUUAAAAUCUGUCCAAUCCACCCUCAUUUCUCUCCCAAAAUAGGCAGAACAUUGCUCUCUCUAUCUCUCUAGAUUCUACGUACUUCUCUUCUUCUUUUUAACAAACUAAAAAUGGUGUCCAAGUCCCUCAAAAGAAGCCCCACAAAAUCCAUAAAGGAUCCGGGGAGCCACCGUCGCCGCCGCCGCCACAGGAAGAAAUCCCCCGGGAGAACCACCUCCGCUGUCAUUAUCUCAACCAUCAACAAAACUAUCUUCACUUGCAAGCGCCGCCUCUCCAAGCUUUUCUCCAAAUUGGCCCGCAUUAGCACCCCAAAUAGCCGCUACAAAGGCUACAAUAUCUUGAAAAAUGGGUCCAAAUAUCAUGACCAAAAAAUUGAAAGCGAUAGCAUUUGUAGAGUGCAUUUGUUUAAUGAACCUUUACCACCCUUGAUUUCUCCUGGUAAGAGGACUGUUUUUCUUGAUCUUGAUGAGACCUUAGUCCAUUCUAAAGCUGGCCCACCACCCCAAAAGUUUGAUUUUGUUGUGAGGCCAGAGAUUGAUGGAGAGACAAUGAAUUUUUAUGUGUUGAAGCGUCCGGGAGUUGAUGCUUUCUUGGAGGCUCUAGGAGCUAAAUACGAGGUGGUGGUGUUCACCGCCGGGUUAAAGGAAUAUGCGUCGCUGGUUCUUGACAGGAUUGAUACGAGGGGGCUGAUUUCACACCGUCUUUAUCGGGACUCUUGCAAGGAAAUUGAUGGCAAGUUUGUCAAAGACUUGUCGGAAAUGGGGAGGGAACUGAGGAGGGUGGUGAUUGUUGAUGAUAAUCCCAAUUGCUACAUAUAUCAGCCCAAAAAUGCUAUUCCAGUGAAGCCCUUUACUGAUGAUCUUGGAGAUUCAGAGUUGGAGAAUUUGAUUGCUUUUUUUGAGAGGUGUGAUUGUUUUGAAGAUAUGAGGGAUGCCGUGAAGGAGUAUUUUGGUGGUGAAGGAGAUUUGGAGGAACAAGUGGAAGUCUAAUUUGUUUUCUCAAUUUUCUGUAGUUGUUUUCUUUCAAUUUAUUACAGGUUUCUUUUCCUGAAAUUAGUUGCGUUGAACACAAACUUGUUCAAUCCCAAUUGAGAAGAUAAACUCGUGUGUUCAUUAGUAAUAAUAAUAUAUUCACUUGUAAGUCAGUUCUUCAUCUUUGAUUAUUUGACCAGUGAAGGUUCGAUAUAUUACAAGGAAAUUUCAUUUCGAAA